GGAGUAGCAUGAAAUGAAAUACAACCGGCCCUCUCUCUCUCUCUCUCUCCCUGUCUCUCUCAAAAAGGGCGUGUCUUGAACUCGUUUUCUAGUUUUUGUAUUUUCAUGAAGAUUCACUCCCUCCCUCUGUGAUUCUCAGGAAAAUUCUUAGAGAGAGAAAGAGAGGGAGAGAGAGGGAGAGGGCAACAGUGUUACAGAGAUGGAAGGAGGUGGUGGAGGAGGAGAGAGGGAGGAGAAUAGGAGGAAGAGAGGGGUGGAGAUGUGCGAGAGGCCGUACAAGGGGAUAAGGAUGAGGAAGUGGGGCAAGUGGGUGGCCGAGAUUAGGGAACCCAAUAAGCGCUCCAGGAUUUGGCUCGGCUCCUACUCCACCCCAGUCGCCGCCGCUCGGGCCUACGACACAGCCGUCUUUUAUCUUAGGGGGCCUUCCGCUCGCCUCAAUUUCCCCGAGUUCUUGGCAGGAGAAGCGCUCUGCGGAGACAUGUCGGCCGCUUCCAUUAGGAAGAAGGCGACCGAGGUCGGCGCGCAAGUCGACGCGGUGGAGACGGCUCUGCAUCAUCAGCCACAACAACAUCGUGACCACCACGCAUCGGCGGCGGCAGCGGUGACAAGCGAGUUCAACUCUUGCGGAGGGUUCGUGGAGCGGGUCGACUUGAAUAAGUUGCCCGACCCAGAUUAUUCUGACGGGGAGUGGGAAGGGAACUGAAGAGGAAAGCCUCUUUCCUUUUCGUUCGUUUCCUCCUUUUCUUUUUUUUUUUUAAAUAUUUUAAUUUGUAGGAUGGUGGUUGCUAACAUGCGCUAGGGAGGUAUGUCACUGAAGGCUGAAGAAAUGAUGAGGCCCUCUGUUAAUUACUAGUGCAGUGCACCUUUUGUGUUAGCAACAGCUUCUCUAUUUCCCUUUUUAAAUAAUUAUUUCUCUUCUAUUUUGCUUUUACUUUUAAUCAGAUCAGAUGAAAUUUUGGCCUUUUGUAAAAAUUGGUAAAUGUAUAUUAAGUAUUUAUCAGCA